CUACACUAAUAGUACUGACUAACAAACUAAAGCGUGCUUACUGUUAAUCACUGCCUCCAUUUCGCUGAUCAGUUCGCGCUUACUUUAGAUCGAUCUAUGCCCAACAUUGGCAAUAGGAGAAGGUGCUAGCUGGUGACGAAUGUACAUUUACUUUAUAGUAAUUGUAAUAAAAAUCCACAAUAUCCGCCAAUCAAACACUGUGGACAGCUUAAAAAACAGCAAUUGACUGUGAAAAGCAGUACUCAUGGAGAGCGGGCGGCUUGACGCGUUGGUGCUCAAGUUGCGCCACCCUUUGACCAAGAUCCGGUCCCGGGCGCUGCGCACUUUGCUCUUCAAACUGCGAGAGCGUCUGGUGCGCUGGCAGGAGCUGGAGUCCCUACAGAGUUCGCUGAUUCCAGGACUCAUCUCUUGUCUGGAACCACCUUCGGAGCUCGAGGCGCUGCAUGUGCUGGAGCUUCUCGUACAGAGCCACUCGGAGGUGUUUCUGGCCAGUCUGCAGCACUUCGGUGCGGCCCAGAAAUUUCAGCGAGCAGCCCAUACCAGCCCAGAACUGCAAGCCAGUUACGAGAAGCUCUUGAGACAGAUUUACGCCACUAAGUUCGUACCGAUAGAGGACGAGAACAGAGAACAGGUCAGCAGGUUAGAGGAGGAGGAGGAGGCAGAUGUGGAGCAAUAUAGGGCAAGUAAGGUGCAGCUAGAGCGACGACGCGCUCCUAGUGUCGAAGUUCUGGAGGCUGGCGGAUGGAAGUUUGCUCAGGUAACACUGACGUCGGUGGAUGACCAGUAUUUGUUCGAGUUCGAGGUGAAGCUGCAGCUGCGGACCGAAACGCGUGACAUUGUGGCAGCAUGUGCGACGUUUAGAAACGAAUUGCUGAGGAAUUUCCCCGCAGAAGUUUUCUUGCAGAGACCGACGGUGCUGCAAUACUUAUUGCAUCUAGUGCAGCAACCAAUUUUGCCUGGAAGUCCUGGAACAACGAGUCGAGAGAGUGGAGAUGGCGACGUUUUGAUGGAGAAAGCGAUGGAGGUGUCCUUGGGCGUGAACUACUUUGAUGAAAUACUGAGUGAGACGUUUUCAAACAAGCGUGGGAAUUUAUGUGGAGCGGUGGCGAUGGCGAGUCUCAAAGCGAUCGAGUCUUUUCUGUAUGCGUUGAAACUUUCGCGGAGUACGUGUCUUGAUCCGACGUACGUGGUACACGCACCUAAUGUGCAUGUGGAGUUGUUCGAUUCGUAUGACACACGGCGGGUACUAUAUCCGCGUGUGAAUGUGGAAGUCGGGGAUGGUGUGGGUAGAACACCUAGACAAAGGGGUGAUAGUACUGAUUGGCUGGAGCAGUAUUCAAUGAGUGGAGCCAUCUACAGGAUAUUCAUAAGCGUCUUACCCUUAAUGCGCUCCGCUAGACACCCGCGAUUGCACUUAUUGAACCUCCUUAUUUCGGCGCUUCCUGAUUUACCUGAGAGAAGUUGUGGAGAUGUUGAGGACACAAGCGUUCAGGAGCUGGAUAAAUUGCGGCUUGAGCGCAUCCUCGGCAUCCUCAGUGGAAUCUGCAGACCUGUACCACGAGAGCAAGCAGGAAACACUAUGGUUGACAAUGAGCUAGAACUCACCCACUCAAUGACAUGGAAACUGGUGGAACUUGUCCUUCGGCUGCUUCGACUGUAUCCGUCAUCUCAUUAUCAUGUGGAGGAAGUUUCGAACGCAGCGGAAAGGAAUGGGAGUUGCGCGAAGACUGGAAUUAUUGUCCCUAGAUUGUUGUGGGAAGCGGUGAAAUUAUGGACUGCUAAUCCAGUAUUCCCUAACGUAGCAGCUCACGAGUGGAAGGAUGAAUCGCUCAUACAGGACUUGUCCGGAAUUGACUCCUCGAUCCCUGCCUUCAUGAAGCUAAAGCAGUCUUCGCAACAAGAUGCGAAGCUAAUUCUCGAGUUCGUGGAUUUUGCAAAGGCCCACCGUGAAAAAUUAACAGAUUUUGGUCCAUUAGGAGCACCAGCCAUUUUGAAUCUGGAAGUGUCGCUGAAAACGAUUCAGGCCAGGUUUGCAUUUGAUGACGUGGACACCGAGAUCAUUGCAGACGCCACGCUCCAGGCAAUCUGGUUAGCUUUGGCUUCUUAUGCCGAGAAUGACAUAACAAGGCCAACAGAAAACGAUAUCGAUGGCAUUCAGUUCAUUUUGUGUGAUCUGCUGAGUGGUUUUGGUGAGAAGAAGGCGCCUACGUCGCAUGACCCGAUGGUAUGUUACUUUUUCCGAGGUCUUAUGGUUCUUAUUAACAACCUCAGCAAGGAGUCUAAGCGCGUAUCUACCGAUUUCCGGCAUCGAUUCUUUACCGACGUGUUGUGCGAUCCCAAGUUCCUUGUGUUGUUGCUGCUUACGUUGGCAAGACAAGAUACUGGCAGUCAAGCGAACAAUGCGGCAUUCUGGGCUAUUUUACGUGCAGCUUUGAAUCAUCUAGCCGAUGUUUCUAGCGACAAACUGGUGCUUCUCCAGCCCGUGAUCCCAUUGCUCCAGCACUUUGCAUACAUUGAACUGUCAGAAGGUUCUUCUCCAGAGCAAAGGUCAACGCAGCCGCAGCUAGCUGAAGUGUUGAAUCGAGUGGAAACGAUCGUACCCGACCACACCAGAUAUCUUUUAAUGUGCCGGUGCUUGCUACACGAAUCGUCCUACAUUCGCAAAGCAGCAGCCUCUGGGAUUCUUCGGUUGCUGUCUCAAGUAUAUCCGUCUUGUGUUGACUGGAUUUCGAAGCACAAAGAAAUACUAGACGACCCAUUUGGAGGUACAUUUGACUAUAGUGGCAAGAAUGUGGAUCUCGAAGCAACACUCAUGGAGACGCCCUUGCCUGCUAGUCAUGCAAGUGAGUAUCAACCAAGCGAGAGCGAACUAUCGUCACGUUUGAGUAAGUUAUCUCAUUUGUAUAAAGUAAUUUCCGGGUCAUCUUGUGGUUUUGAGAGCAUGAAAGAGGCAGCACUCACAGAGUUGGUCAUGUUCAUCGAACACGCAUCAGUGGAGAUGUUCACACUAUUUGAAGAACUGGACAAAUUUUCGGAUAUUAUGGAUGUGCUUCGUGCAAUUUUCGAGACGAAGGCUGGCAGAGAUGACUCGACGAUGAUUCUACAAGCGCUUAUUUUGUUUAGAACUCUGUUACUCCGUAGCAGACUGUUGCGCUUCGCUAUGCGGCAUGAUAGUGGCAUGAUGAAACUUCUUAUGCCGUUGGUUUAUCACCCGUCACCGUCGAUUCGAGCGCAGAUGUACUACAUUAUUCUUCUGCUGACAUGCUCGGCUGAAAAUUUUAUUCCCAAGGGAGCACCAAUAGAAUUUUUGAACAACGGCAAACCUACGGCCAAUGAAGAUGCGAGAGUUCCCGAGAUGAUCAAGUCGACGUUUGGACUGUAUGCCAGUCGUUGGACGCGAUGCUUUAUCGUUACGUGUUCGCUGGAACAGCAGCUGCAAGCAAGUUCUGAACUUUUGGCUAAGCAAACGGACUCGUCGUGGUUGCAAGAAGUGAAAAAGUCCAUCGUUACUCAGGCCUCAUUAACUUCUGACGGUGACAAAGAGGAAAGUGGCGGUGAGAUCGACUUGCUGCUAGGUGCGGAGUAUACACUGAUCGCCCAGAAGCUUCGAGAUGCGCCGUCACACGGAAAGUGCUUGAAUGCUGCUUACCAUGUAAUGACAAUAUGUGUUGCUUGGCGCUGUGCACGUGAGCGAUUUGUUGAAGAAUGGGAAGCAGAUUUUGAACGGUAUUUCGCUGUACCACCGAAAACUGAACGAGACGAAGUCAUCGUCGGUGCGCUUGUAAACACUCUCAGUGUGAUGUUCUGUGGCAUGACCAGAGCAGAGCAGCUGCGAGCGCUCGUUGUGGUGAAGCGCAAAGUUUUGUCGCUGCUGAAGAGAUCACAAAGCAAGGCUUUCUCUCUUCAAGUUGCGCGGUUGUUGCUCAACGUGAGUGAGUCCAAGGUCAGCGAUUUAUUCUUGUCGCUGGCGGCUGAUACCGACAUUAUCUCGACGAUCUGCGCCAAGUACACAGCCAUCUACGCGACAGAACCUGUUCUUCACAGUAUGAUGCUGGAGAUUCUGCUACGCUUUGCCCGAGGUAUGAACGAGAAUGCAGGCGUUCGCUUGUCAGAACCCUCACGCGGAAAAAUCUGCAAGCGUCUUCUGGAGAUGCUGUCACCGUUGCUUACGGUCGUAUGCCGUCACCGUAUUCCAGGCUCCUUUAUGGAACGGGACGUAUUUGCUGUUGGAUCUCAAUGCAUGGUAGCCAUUCUGCAGACACUACCACACGAGUCUCUGUUGGCCAGUGAUAGUCCACUGGAGCAUACUGACAGCAGCAUUCUGCUCGACAGUAGCUGGGCGUCGCGCUUUCUCUUCGAUCACGUGGCUCCGAUCCGCGAGCUUGGCUUUCGUGUUAUUGAACAUACUGCAGCUUCGCGCCCCUCGUCAUCACGAUUGUUGGAGAUGGCGCUUGAAACAUCCACAGAUGACGACGAGUGUGAUGCUGUCCGUGCGGCAGCCUGCACUGCAUUGACUGCAGAGCUUCUUCGAUACCAUGAUCGUUCCCCAGAUCGACAAGCUGCGCUGGUUAAGAUGUGUCAUGGGGCCGCAUUUGCAGGAAAAGUGCUGCGCUCCCUUUCUGAAGCCUUAAAAGGCAGUAAAUUACUCGCUCGUACAGCUAGUGCGUUUGCACGACUGGUUCGAGUGUUGUGCAUUCAAAGGAAUGAUUUGGCGUCGCAUUUUGGAGAUAUGCAGAAAGAGUUGGAGGCCGCUGAAGAGGAAUCUGACAUCUACCCGCUCCUGAUUCAGAUGCUUUCACUCCGAGAAUGGAAGGACAAGGCUAAUCGCUUCAGUUCGUGUUGUAUGCUCUUACCAUCCUGUGAUGACAACGCCUGGAGACGCUCGCUGCUUCCAGCCAUCUUAGAUCUGAUGGCUGAAGUGCUGAAUCUUCUCCAGGCUAUUUGCCGUGAUGGUGGAUUCGAUCAAGUGGCUUUCUUCCUCAUGGUAUUUGCUCUACACUAUCUGCUGCUUGAUCUUGCCCGCGACUGACGUUAUUGUUUUGUGUAGCACACAACUUUGCAGUAUCAGCUGAUGGAACUUGUUCGGGAUGUCCACGCUUCGUUGGGCGUUACAGUCUCGCCAGCUACAAGACGUAGACAUUAUGACGUUCUCGACCUCUCCGCUGGCACACUCAGCAUCCUGUUGGUGCAAGCUUUUGACCAGCGCAACGAAUACGAUGUAAAACAAUUCGGAGCACCACAAACACCAGGCUUUGGAGUGGAUUUUGUGGAUACAGUGGCAAAACUGCUAGCACCUCAGCAACCAGUCGAUUUUCGCGUAUCAUUCUCUCGAAUUGUUCCCGCGAUGUCCUUACUGAUCCCUGGGUCGUUAAAAUCACCCGAUGUUUCAGUCACUAGCGCCCUGUGUUCUGUCGUGUUCGACCUUUAUCAAGAGGUUGCAGAGUUCAGGCCACUAGAUGCGAGCACUGCCACAUCUGAUCUGCAAGGUCGUGUGUUUCCAUUGGCAUCGGUUCGACGCGUUUCAUGUGCACUCCAAGUACUACUCGAGACAAGUCCCCAUCUCCAACCACUCGUUCAAGUCAAGCGUGGUGUGCCUUUUGCAAUGGCUUCCAUCAAAGAAUCAUUCACUGCGAUUCGCAUAGCUGGUGGAUUUGGCGGCAAGCGAGCUAGGAGUUCGAACUCCAGCUCAAAUACUCAUGAUAUCUAUGUGCUAGACCUCUGCGGCCGCAUCCAGACACAUAUGGAAGUCGUAAGUUCCAUCAUCGGUAACGACAAGGAAAGCCAGCAAGUGGCAAAGGAUGAAGGCCUCCUUAGUGUAGUUCUGUCGAAUUGGAACGUGAUGAAGACGGCUCAUGUGCGUGGAUCUCAGUUGAUGCUACGAGCACUUCAGCUUCUGGCAAACUACAUCUACGGAAAUGACAGUGCUCGAAGCUCGAUGCUUAUCUCGCUGUCUGGGAGAGGGGAUAAUGCCCAAACGCUGUUGUCGUUGCUGUUCGAUCUGGCCAGCACCCGAGGUGGCGUGACGUCGACCCAUAACCGAGGCACGAACUGUGCUACCGAAGCAGAUAUGGCCUUGAGCAACGCUGCAUGCCAGGUGCUGAAGGCGGCUCUGAUCAACCCAGAAUGCGUCCAAGGUUCUGUGAAGUCUGGGUCGAUUUCCAGACUGGUUGAUGCGCUUCAAGAUCGACUGAAGCAGGCCAGACAAACAAGUAAAACGAAUCACACGGAGAACGAGAACGUUGCCCACAUGCUGAGUGUCCUCAGUAGCAUCGCUAGCACCGAGGAAGGUGCUCGGGUGCUUUACACCAGCUUGUCUACUGUGCUUUCUCUCGUGUUGGACGAUGUGAUGCAUCUGACCAAUAAGGGAAUCCAACGCUACGGGUGCUUGUUCUUGAGGAAUCUGUCCCUCUCACAAGCGACCAAGAACAACUUCGCCGUUUGGGAGGAGCUUCUGGAUGAACUGGUUGCGUUCUGUGUACGCGUAAGUGACUCAACACAAGAGGACGUGAUCUCUCUGGAGUGCAUGUCAGUGGCUCUCUGGUCGCUUGUGUACGACAACCAGAAAGCGCGUGCAUUACUGCUGUCAAAACCGACGACGUUACGAGGCUUGAAGCAAGUGCUAGACUCGCAGAAUUCUGGUGCGUUAUUAGUUGAAAAUGUGCUCGUGUUGACCAAAUACUCACCGCUUGUCUCCUGCUGGGAUCAGUUGAAGGUUCGUCGACGGACAUUGCCGAGAAUCUCCGGCGCGUGCUAAUGCUCGUCCACGAGUAGACUUCACUCCACAAGAUGUUGUAUUUAUUUCUUACCGAUGUUAUUGGCAUCACGGGUCGGUUGGAUACAAAAACUGGAGGCUUCAGGUUGGCAGCCUCCUAAUAAAUAAACGCACUCCUCUUGCGUCAUGACGACGAGUCCUAACAGAAGUCACGCUCAGAGUAUAUCGAAAUCCUC